UGUAACGUUCGCUCUCUAGUUUAAUUCCACACGUCCCCUCAUAUGGACUUCCAGAAGUGCAUCACAAACCACGGCUUUUCUAGGUAAGAAGAUGUCUGUAAGGCGGACGAUCAAUGCCACAUUGAUCCUGUUUGCACUUCUGGCUCAGGGUGCUCUAUCCUCAAACGAAAGCCAUUGCGUGCCUCACCCUAUCGGAAUAAAACUACAAAAUGUUACACUUGGUGACAACACAGCUCGAGGGGUAUCUCUAAGUCUGGGGACACCCAAGCAGCCUUUCGCCUUCCUCCCACAAUGGCCCCUGAACAAUACAUUCGUUUACGGUACCAAUGGACACUGCAGUGAUUCCAUGUCGGAGGCAGCUUGCAAAACCUUCCGUGGGGGUGCAUACGACGAAUCUACAUCAACAACUCGCGACACAGCCUUGGACUCGCACAUGGAAGAGGCUUCUCCUUAUCCUGCCUUCUCCUGGGUGACAGAUGAUCUCAUCCUCAACGACAAUACGACGUUGGCGAAAUUUCCCGUCGGAAUAGCAAGAGACGACUGGGGUGCUCAGGGAUACCAGCCUCAAGCGGCUUUUGGGCUGGGCAGGAACUCGACCAUACUUAAUGCACUUUACUCGGCUGGCCUCAUUGCGUCACGAUCAUGGGCGAUGUGGUGGGGAAGAACAGGCGCAAGUAAGACUACCCAGCAGGAUGGGAGCUUUGUCUUCGGAGGCUAUGACCGAGCAAGAGCUACCGGAGCGAACUACACGGAUAAGCUGAACUAUGCUAACCCUAAAUGCCCUACCGGUAUGCUCGUUACAAUAUCUGACAUGGUGCUGAAUUUUGCCAAUGGAACAAAUACCAGCCUGUUCAAGGGUGUACAAUCGUCCGCGAUGUCUGCUUGCAUUGUUCCGGACUACCCCGUUCUGAUGACACUACCGAGGGAGCCAUGGUUUGAAACGUUCGAAAUGUCGACAGCAAAAUACACAGAUGAGAGAUCAUUCGGCUUAUACUACUAUGGAAUGCUAUAUGAGAACACAUCCAAAGCGUACACGGGCGACAUAACGCUUUCACUUCUAUCUGGCUUUUCCGUUCGUAUACCGAAUGAUCAGCUCGUCGUUCCCGACGUCCAUAUUGACAAAAGCAGCGGAGCUCUCGUCGCAAACGGAUCAACUCCCGAACUCGUUAUCAAUGCGUUGCAGCAGACCAAUGCGGAUGACUUGCCUCAGUUAGGACGCCAAUUUCUCUCCAGCACAUAUCUCCUGCUCAAUCAGGACACAAGCAGCUUUACUCUCUGGGAAGCGGCGAGUCAGGACGCUGAUAUGGACUUGGUUGCCGUUGACGAGGCAAACCGUCCACUGGACCAAUUUUGCGAUGUGACGAAAAGCAACGCAACGCAGUCUGUGGAUUCAAGCAACAAUGAUCGCAGCCAUCAAGACAAUGGCCUGUCUGCCGGAGCGAUUGCAGGUGGGGUGGUUGGAUGCGUCGUCGGCGCUUCAAUUAUAGCAGGAAGUGCAUUCAUCUGGAUGGCGCGGAAAAGAAAACACCGGAGUGGACCUAGGCCAGAUGCGAGCUCCAUGCAUCAUCAGUCGUCGGCGGUUACUUACACUACCGGUCCUUCAGAUGAGCUUAAUUCAUACAAUCCGAAGCCUGGUUUUCGGUAUGAGCUUCCGGUGUCAAAUCAGUCGACAACAUCUUCCAGAUUGCCGGAGUUACCGUGAAGCUGAUGUACCUUCUUCCCUAAUGAAGUAUAUAUUUUGACCGUUUCCUGAAAUUC